AUGGUCGCCGGAAAAGUAAAAGCUGCAAUGGGAUUGCAAAGAUCGCCGGUGAAUCCAAAUUCAAAGCCAGACUCAUCUCCUAAACCGUCAUUGUUAUGUACAUCAAGUUCAGCAAAGCAGCAGCACCAACCGCAGAAGGGAUCAAGCACCAGGUUUUCCCGCUCCUUUGGAGUUUACUUCCCUCGCUCCUCCACUCAGGUCCAGCCCCGUCCGCCGGACGUCACCGAACUCCUCCGUCUUGUCGAAGAGUUGCGUGAACGAGAGUCCCUCUUGAAAACCGAACUCUUGGAGCAUAAGCUUCUCAGAGCAUCCGCCGCCAUUGUCCCCGUUCUUGAAAAUGAGAUUUCAAUCAAGGAUUCUGAAAUUGAACGCUUCAAGAAAAAGAUUCUAUGUUUAGAAGCAGAAAAUGAUGCACUCAGCCAAGAGGUUGAGGUUUUACACAGAGAAUUAUCGAAACAAAACCAGAGGUACGAGGAAAAAAUAAAGGCAAUGCAGGUCGAAGUAUCUGAUAUCAAGAAAUCCUUUAAAGAGAGACAACAAGAGGAAGAGUCAUCAUCGUCAUAUUCUACGCCGAGACUUGCUGAUGUUACCAACAAUUAUAAAUCUAGCACUUUAACGAAAACUUUAAGGAAAUGUGCCACCCAGAAUUCCAUUGUAGGGAAUUUUGAAAAUGGUAUUUCUGGUAAUGUAAGGUCUGAAAUUGAGGAAAAGAAAGAGGAUUUAGUAGGAGUGGCGACAAUUGAAAAGCCUCGACUCUCUCGGUGUAAUUCUGAAGAAAUCUUUGGGGGGGUAAAAUCCCGUGCUCCACGCGUUCCUAAGCCACCUCCAAAGCCAUCGGCAUUGCUUUUAUCAUCGUUUUCGUCAUCUACAUUAUCAUCUUCUCUCUCUUCCCCUUCGUAUGGUUCUUUAUCGGAUUCUGCCGAGAGAGCAUUGGCUGAAAUUUCAAACAUUUCGCCUCCACGGCCACCCCCUCUUCCUGCUCCGCAAGUCAAAGUGACUGCUCCACCUCCUCCGCCACCCCCACCUCCUCUUCAGCAAGUAAAAGUGACUCCUUCACCACCUCCACCGCCACCUCCUCCACCGCAAGUAAAAGUAACUGCGCCCCCGCCUCCACCUAGGUCCAACUCCAAGGGAGCGCCACCACCUCCGCCGCCUCCACCGAAAGGGCUGACACCAGUUCCUGCAAAGGUUAGGAAGGUGCCUGAGGUGGUAGAGUUCUACCAGUCAUUAAUGCGGAGGGAUUCGAAUUCACGACGUGACUCCGGCUGUGGCACAGCCGAUGUUCAGGCGGCAGGAACUACAUCCAAAGACAUGAUCGGGGAGAUUGAGAACCGUUCUGCAUAUUUACUAGCGAUUAAGAGUGAUAUAGAAACACAGGGAGAUUUCAUUAGAUUCUUGAUUAAAGAAGUUGCAGGUGCUGCAUUCACAGACAUUGAGGAUGUUAUUCCCUUCGUUAAAUGGCUGGAUGAUGAGCUUUCCCACCUGGUUGAUGAAAGGGCCGUGUUGAAACACUUUGAUUGGCCUGAGAAGAGGGCAGAUGCAUUAAGAGAAGCCGCAUUUGCUUAUUGCGACUUUAAGAAGCUCGUGUCUGAAGCCUCGUCAUUUCGUGAUGAUCCUAGACAGCCCUGUGAUGUUGCUCUCAAGAAGAUGCAGGCAUUGUUUGAGAAGUUGGAUCACGGAGUUUAUAAUUUGUCGAGGAUGAGAGAAUCAGCUGCAGAACGAUAUAAAGCAUUACAUAUUCCAAUUGAUUGGAUGCUGGACAAGGGAUUUCAAAGUCAGAUCAAGUUGGCAGCCGUGAAACUGGCAACGAAGCACAUGAAGAGAGUCUCUGCAGAGCUCGAAAUGGUUGGAGGUGGUCCCGAAGAAGAAGACCUUAUUGUCCAAGGUGUUACAUUUGCAUACCGAGUCCAUCAGUUUGCGAGCGGGUUUGAUGCGGAAACAAUGAGGGCAUUUCAGGAGCUGAGGGACAAAGCCAGAUCAUGCAAUGUACAAUGCCAAAAUCAGCAGCAACAGAAAUUUGUUUGCAGGUCUUCUACAGCUUGCUAA